AUCGUUUCCACCCAAUCCCUGCAACCCUAACUAUCCGGGAAUUCUGGUUUUCCGCCCACACCUCCCUUGGGCUUUCACACCCUGGUGCGUUUGUCCAGGCUGUUUCCUCCUUUACUGUUCUCCUUCUGCUUCUCCAAGCUCAGAUGUCCUCUCCUCUGGGAUUCUGAUCUUCUCCAACUCCUCCCCAGUCUCAGACAGAAGGAAUGGCUCCCGGAUUUGUGUCCUGCUUUUUAAAAAAACACAACUCCAUAGAGCACUUAGUGCUCUGAGACUGGGGGUUGGGUUAACUCUUUCGUGCCUGCCUCCAAGAGUGGGGGGCUCUGGGGAUAGCAUAGCUGAGUCGCCCAUCACCCAGGGGAACCACAACAGUGCUGGACGGGAUAAAAUAGCCCUGAGCAGCGAGGGGUCCGGUUUAACCCUUAGAAACCCAGUCCUCUCCAGGUCGCAUCCGCCCGUGCCUCUUUCCCUCCCCGAUGCUCGGGAGUCCCUUUCCCGCCAGUUCCCGGUCCCCGGAGUCGUCUGGGUCUCCCGCGUGGGUUUGGCCCGGCUCCCCGCAGGGGUUUGGCCCGCCGCUCCUCCGGCCAGUCCCCCACCCCCUCCUCCUCCAUCCUCAGGCCCAGCCCCGCGGCGGGGCGGGGCGGGGCGUCGCUGCAUUGGGCCGGGAGCCCGGCCGCCGUGCUCUUAGGCGGGCCGUGGGCUGCAAAAGCUCGACCCCGCGCGGGCUGGGCUGGGCAUGGCACAGGGCUUGUGAGCCCAAACAGGGGCCGCUGCGAUGCCCGGGGGCGCCGGCGCCGCCCGGCUGUGCUUGCUGGCUAUCGCCCUGCAGCCCCUGCGGCCGCUGGCGGUGCGGGAGCCGGGCUGGAUGAGAAGAGGAAGUGAGGAAGGCAGCCUCUGGCCACAGCAUGAACUCAUAAUACCUCAGUGGAAGACUUCAGAAAGCCCCGUGAAUGAAAAGCAUCCCAUCAAAGCUGAGCUCAGGGUAACGGCGGAGGGGCAAGAACUGAUCCUGGACCUCGAGAAGAAUGAGCGUCUUUUUGCUCCAGACUAUACAGAAACCUACUAUACUCCAACUGGCAACCCUCAGACCACCACUCUGAAAUCUAAGGAUCACUGUUUCUAUCACGGGGUGGUGAGGAAGACAGAAGGGUCCAGUGUCACACUCAGCACCUGCCGGGGCAUUAGAGGACUGAUUACACUGAGCAGUAACCUCAGCUACAUCAUCGAGCCCCUCUCUGACAAUGCGAGCCAACACCUUAUUUACAGAUCUGAACAUCUCAAGCUGCCCCCUGGGAGCUGUGGGAUCAACCACCCGGCACCUACCACCAAGGGCUGGACUCCUUCGUUUACAAACCAGACCAAGAACCGACCUCGCAGGAUGAAAAGGGAAGAUUUAUACUCCAUGAAGUAUGUGGAGCUUUACCUCGUAGCAGAUUAUGCAGAGUUUCAGAAGAAUCGACGAGACCAGGAUGCCACCAAACACAAGCUCAUGGAAAUUGCCAACUAUGUUGAUAAGUUUUACCGAUCCCUGAAUAUUCGGAUUGCACUCGUGGGCUUGGAAGUGUGGACGCACGGGGAUAAGUGUGAAGUGUCAGAGAAUCCCUACUCCACGCUUUUGUCAUUCCUUAGUUGGAGGCGCAAGCUGCUUGUCCAGAAGAGCCACGACAAUGCUCAGUUAAUCACGGGCGUGCCCUUCCACGGCACCACCAUCGGCCUGGCCUUCCUCAGGACCAUGUGCUCCGUGCACCAUUCCGGAGGGGUCAGCAUGGACCACUCUGAUAACGCCAUUGGUGUGGCUGCGACCUUGGCCCAUGAAAUGGGCCACAACUUUGGCAUGACCCAUGAUGCCACGGGCUGCUGCUCUGCCAGUCCUGCUGAUGGCGGGUGCAUCAUGGCAGCUGCCACUGGUGACCCCUUUCCCAGAGUGUUCAAUGGAUGCAACAAGAAGGAGCUCGACAGGUACCUGCAGUCAGGAGGUGGAAUGUGUCUCUCCAACAUGCCCGACACCAGGACGCUUUAUGGAGGCCGCUGGUGUGGGAACGGCUUCCUGGAGGAUGGAGAAGAGUGUGACUGUGGGGAGGAAGAGGAAUGCAACAACCCCUGCUGCAACGCCUCCAACUGCACCCUGAAGGAAGGGGCAGAGUGUGCCCAUGGUGCCUGCUGCCACCAGUGCAAGCUGGUGGCUCCUGGCACCCUGUGCCGUGAUCAGGCCCAGCAGUGUGACCUUCCCGAGUUCUGCACGGGCAAGUCUCCCCUCUGCCCCACCAACUUCUACCAGAUGGACGGUACUCUCUGCGAGGGCGGCCAGGCCUACUGCUACAAUGGCAUGUGCCUCACCUACCGGGACCAGUGCCAGCAGCUGUGGGGGCCUGGAGCCCGGCCUGCCCCUGACCUCUGCUUUGAGAGGGUGAAUGAGGCAGGAGAUGAAUUUGGAAACUGUGGGAAAGACAUGCACGGUCGGAACAAGAAAUGCAGCACGAGGGAUGCCAAGUGUGGGAAGAUCCAGUGUCAGAGCUCUCGGGAGCUGCCGCGGGAGUCCAACGCAGUGGCUAUUGAAACCACCAUCAUCAUGAAUGGGAAGAAAAUCCAAUGUCGGGGUACCCAUGUCUACCGAGGUCCUGAAGAGGGUGACAUGCUGGACCCAGGACUGGUGAUGACUGGGACCAAGUGUGGCUACAACCAUGUAUGCUUCGAGGGACAGUGCAGGAACGCCUCCUUCUUUGAAACUGCAGAUUGUGAGCAGAAGUGUAACGGUCACGGGGUCUGCAACAACAACCACAACUGCCACUGCCACCCAGGCUGGGCCCCACCCUACUGCAGCACCCCCGGCCACGGGGGCAGCAUAGACAGUGGACCCCUGCCCAGCAACAGUAUUGGUCCGGUGAUCGCUGGCGUGGGCAGUGCCUUCUUCCUGCUGGUUACCCUUAUGCUGAUCUACUGCUGCAGGCAGAACAGAAAGCUCAACCAGUUCAAGCCCUCUGUUCUCCCAUCCAAGCUGAUGCAGCAGUUCAGCUGUCCCUUCAGGGUGUCUCCAAGUGGCGGAACUGGUCAUGCCAACCCGACUUUCAAGCUGCAGACACCGCAGGGCAAGCGAAAGGUGACCUGCUGCACCCCUGAACCCCCAAGGAAGCCCUCCCAGCCUCCACCCCGGCCCCCUCCAGACUUCCUGCAAGGCGGGGCUUUACCUGCACCACUGUUAGCCCUUCUAAACAGGACUGACAGCAGCUCUCCAGGGGUGACAUCUCAAGUAGAGAGAAAGGAAUCUUCCAGGAAGCCGCCACCAAGCCGGCCUGUGCCCCCAGCACCAAGCUACAACCUCUCCCAGGAUUUCUCCAGGCCUCGGCCGCCCCAGAAGGCGCUCCCAGCGAACCCUGUGCCCGGCCGAAGGAUUCCCCCCAGGCCAGGUGCCCCGCAGGCCCAGCAUCUGGUAGCACCUGCUCCCAAGUUCCCUGAGUACAGGUCACAGAGGACUGGGAGGAUGACUAGCUCCAGAAUCUAGACCCAUCUAGAGAGUUCUCUCUUGCCUCCACCACUCUGGGUGCCACGAGGAUUCAUGACCACCAUGGGAGCUGAAGAAGUGUGUCUGGCUGCCUCCGAGCUCCUCCUGGCUUUUUUCUGGAAACACCAAAUCUCCACAAUCUCUUCCUGAGUCAGGGCUUCUCCGUGUUCCAGAGGGACUGUAACCUGAUGGCUUCUAAGUGUUGGUCUGUGCAAUAUACAGCCCAGGGAGGGAGGGACACACACGUGAGGCUGAGCGGCAGCUUCUGUAUCCACCCUCCCAGCCCAGACUUCUGACGAAGAUGGCCAGGAUCGGCAGAGCUUUUCAGCCAAGUGGGAAAAGCCGUGCUCAGCCCCUCAGUCCUCAGCUGGGACUUAGCUUGGAGGAGCUUUCUGUGCAGGUCCCAUGGUGGAGGUACACAGGGGCGCUUCUGCUGCUUGUCUCUUUCAGCGGCCCCUGCUGGACAGAGGCUGGGCCCUAACCUUGCCCUUUUAGCUUUUAGGGAAAGAGGAAGGGUCCAGCCAGCCGUUGCUGUGGCCCUGCCCAGGGUUUGGCUGAGGUAACUGCCCCUGACUAUAUGGCUGCAUGUGACAAGCCAAGCCCCUUCCCCACAGCCCCCUUGGAUUCCCACAGCCCCUAUACAUGGGUCACUCUGACUCAGACAGGUACUAUUUGUAGGCAGUGUAGACAGUAGGGGGAGCCCCAAGCCUGGGCCUCCUCUGAGCCAUCAUGCCAAAGGUCAAGAGUCUUGGUAAUUCUUGGUUUGCUUUUUAUAUUCUGCUGUCUUUCCCAGUGUUCUGUGAUUCUGUUUUCUCCUUCCCCUCAAGCCCACUGAAAUGCAUGGUGCUUUGGUGAGUGGACCCUCAACAGUCCUGACUUUUUAGGGACCAGGUGCUUGUGACCUACGAGUCAGGGUCCUGCCUCAUGGAGUGGCAAUUGAAUUUCCUCCACUGGAUCCCAAGCGUGCUGAUCAGAGUGCACUUAGGGCACGGUUGUGGGAGUCCUACCUUUUCAGCUGUUGUAUUCGGCGACCUUAGCAGGGGGUGGGUCUACCUCCUUACUCCCUGGCCUACAUCUAGGUGAGGUCCUCCAGGAAUGGCAGCCCUCAUGGUAAAGGGAACAGACAUUCUUGGAAGCCCAGCUAUUUCAAAAGUGUGCACCGGGGAGCCUGUAUGUCCCUGAUGGCCUGCUUACUGUCCAGAGGUGGGACCAUUGUCUUUUGAGCAGAGAGGAGAGGUGUUUAUAACCAAGGGAGCUAUCAGAGACCCCCGGAGAUGACCGCCAUCCACAGCCAUAGUGGAACAGUUUGAAAUGGGGACCCCAUUCCCGCCUUCCCACCAAGGCUUCUGUUAUGUAUGUCCUUUAGUUCUCUUUCCUGACCCUCAGAGAAAGAGCAAGAGCUCUUAGCAGGUGGAAGACUGAGCUCCAGAGGACCCUGUCCUGCCUGGCCCCCAGAAGGAAGGCUCUGUGGUGUGCUGCUAGAUGGGACAUUUUUACAAAAUAGCUGGGGACCAUCCCCACCCCAAAGAGGUGCUGGGCUCUCCCGAGGUGAGCUGGCCUAACAUUCAGUCCUUUGAGGGUCUUCCAGGGCCCAUCCCACCUCCUACAGGAGCUCUUGAAAACCUCAAUACAGGGAGGAGGCUGUGCUUUUGAACCCCAACCCCAGGGCCUCCCCACAUGCUGAGCUAAGGUUCUCAGGUUUGUAGGCCAACGGGACUUGGAGGAUACAUGUCUGAGGGAAAAGGUGGGUGGGUUUAGAAAGAUCUCAGGAAAACGUGUUUCCUUCUCUCAGGGUGGUAGUGACGUUGAGGUCCUGUCUCCCUGGCACGGACCUCCUUGACCCCAUCCAAUCCCCUUUCUUGCUGCCAGGAGACAACCUCUCUUUUAAGCGUGUAGUAAACGUGCUUAAGUGUGCCUCAAAGCCGGGUCCCAGAAGAGGUGUCCUUUGCCACCCGUUCCCUAUAAACAAGCAAACUGUCCUUAUGCCCAGCUCUGUACCUCCUGGAAGUCGCCGUGGCCUGCAGAGCCUUCCUCCCUCCCAUCAGGAGCAGUGGCUCUGGAGGGACAAUGCACGGCCACAGUGACCGCAUGAGCCCUUAACCCUGAAAUCCACUGCCCCAGAACUGUAACAGGCAGUGUGCAGCUUGCAACACGUUCUCUUGCUUUUUCUUUUCUUGUUAUUUUAAUGCCGCCUCCAUCCCCGGAAGUUGUACUGUGACUGGAAGAUGGUAGAAUUCUUUGAUUUUGAUGGCAACUUUCUGGCAGCCAGUUCUGUUUACCAUUUUACACCUGGCUCUGUCCAGGGAGCUGGCAGUUGUUUUUCUGCAGGCCAGGGAGGCUGCCAGGGAGGAAGAGUGCCCAUUCUGCAUCCCCUUUUGCCUCACUGCCAAUGGGCUGCUGUAAGAUGUCAAAUACAGACACGAAGAUGUUGAGAUGUACAGGAACAGGGACUUUAUUUCAAAGGAUUAUUGCCAGAAGGGGAAUGAGAACUCUCCCAGAAGGAGAGGAGGGGACAGCUGCAGUAAGAAUGCAUAGACCCUUCAUCAAAUCUGCACACAUUCUGAAGCCCAGGCCAAAAAGGUCCUUUCUUUUAUUGGAAGGAAUUAACCUGUAUAGAAGGAACUGCAUCCAGGGUGUCACUGUGUGCCCGGUCUUUUUUGGUGGGGGGUAGAAGCUCUCUGUGAAAAGAUGUUUUUGGGUUAGGCUGCCUAUGGGCCCAAAUCCACCGUCCAGCGGGGAGGAGGGAGGCUUAGCUGAAGUCUGGGUUGUCCAGUUAACCCGUAGUUUGCUCAAGGUGAAGGCUAUAAAUCUUUUUAGAAGCUAAAUGGUUCUUCCUGCCAGUUUUACAACCCUGGAAUGUUUGUUUUAGGGGCCUGAAGCCAUCUCUGAAAUGUAAACCUCAGGAGAUAGAGCCCGUCUCUGCCUGUGUGGGAGGUUUAUCCUGGGCCCCUGGUCCUGGGUUGCAGCUACUUGCCUGCCCUAGAUUCCUUUUAGCUUUGCUGACUUUUAUGGUUAAGUAGAGCUCUCCCCAAAUGUGUGGUCUUAAUGUUCGCUGCAUUACAAUAGUCCCCCUCUUAUUGCAGUGCCCCCUUACUGCUUGCAAUAAUCCUUUUUAAGAAAGUCUCCUCUUCGGGGUGGCCUGAUUUGUUCUUACUUGACCAAAGGUGUGGAAGACUUAUAACCAGUUCUAAAAUCAGUCAUUGUGUUCAAUGCAUACGUAACAGUUCUGCCUACACCUAAGCAGGCCAGGGAAAUGCCAACUGGAAAGGUGUUCCAUUUCUACAGAAGCCUACUACGAAGAGGUUCUGCAGACUCCGAAGCCACGCCCCACCCACUCACCCCUCCCCCAGCCACCCCUUAGCAUCCUCUUGUGCAGCCAUCUAUUUUGUGUACGCGUCUGGGAUUCAGGGCAAUGUGAAUUUUCUUUUUAUUUGAGAGAUCAUUCAUGGAUUACGGAUCCUCUUCUCUCUUAUCCACCUAUUGUUUACAAAUAUUUGUACAUCUAUGCAAAAUACUUGAAUGGGCCAUGCUGCCUUUUUUUUUCUUAUUUGUAUUUAAUUAAAAUGAAUUGUUUGUCAUUUGAAGCUUUA